AUGAAUUAAGUCUAGGGUUCAAAAUCUUCCAUUAGUUCUCUUAUUCUUUCAGGGUUCUUCCAUUUCCUUUUCCCUUUCAAAUAUUCCCAAUUUUAUAAAUUCAACUUAGGGUUUCUCUUUCCACAUAGAUUUCAAUCGAGACGCUUUCUUUAGGGUUUUCCGAUCCGCGAAAAUUACUAUUUCUUGCGAUUCUUGCUUGCGUUUAAUCUAGGGUUUCGUUCCGGUACCAAAACAAUGCCUCCGAAGACGGCGAAGAGAGGUGCGGCGGCUGGUGCCGCGAAGAGGGGUGGCAGAGGAACGAGAGGGACUCCUAAGACUGCACAGAAUCAGCAGCAGCAAUCUGAAUCUGUGGAGGAGAAGAUGGUGAUUGAGGAAAAACCUGUUGUUGAAGAGAAUCCUGUUGUUGAGGAAAAACCUGUGGUUGAAGAUAAUCCUGUUGUUGAAGAUAAAGCUAUUGAUAUGAACCAAAUUGCUCCAGAGGCUGCAGAAGAAGCUAAUAGGGUUCCUGCGGUGAAAAACGAAGAAGAGGAGGUUAAGGAGUCCAUAGAUGAAUAUGAGAAAGAUGAACGUCUAGAUUUGGAGGAUAAUGAUCCUGAGUAUGAACCUGAGGAGUAUGGUGGGGUUGAUUACGAUGAGAAGGAAAUUGAACCAGAAGAGGUUCAUGAGGUGGGAGAUGAAGUUGAGGAAGAAGCUGAAGAUAAUGUUGGUGAAGAAGAAGGUGAUACAGGUGAGGAAGAAGUUGAAGAUGUUCAUGAUGAAAUUGAGGGUGAAGAGGAUGAUGAGCAUGCUGAUGAGGAGCAUGAGCAUGCGGAGUUGGCUGAUGUGGAGGAAGAGGAACACCGUGAAGUUGUGAAGGAGAGGCGAAAGCGGAAGGAAUUUGAAGUAUUUGUUGGGGGCCUAGACAAGGAUGCUACUGAAGAUGAUCUGAGGAAGGUUUUUGGUGAAGUUGGGGUUGUUACUGAGGUCAGGCUGAUGAUGAAUCCUCAGACUAAAAAGAACAAGGGAUUUGCAUUCUUGCGUUUUGAAAAUGUGGAGCAAGCAAAACGAGCUGUAGCAGAGCUUAAAAAUCCAGUGAUUAAUGGCAAACAAUGUGGUGUUACUCCAAGUCAGGACAGUGAUACCCUCUAUUUGGGAAACAUAUGCAAGACAUGGACAAAGGAAGCUUUAAAGGAGAAGUUGAAGCAUUAUGGAGUUACAACUGUCGAGGAUAUUACUUUGGUAGAAGAUUCUAAUGAUAAAGGAACAAACCGUGGAUUUGCAUUCUUGGAAUUUUCCUCUCGUUCAGAUGCUAUGGAUGCCUUUAAGAGACUGCAGAAGAGGGACGUUGUGUUUGGAGUUGAUAAGCCUGCAAAGGUUUCAUUUGCAGAUUCUUUUAUUGACCCGGGUGAUGAAAUUAUGUCACAGGUUAAAACUGUGUUUAUUGAUGCACUGCCUCCUUCAUGGGAUGAAGAUUACGUCCGGAUUAUUCUCAAGAAAUUUGGUGAGAUUGAAAAGAUUGAGCUUGCUAGGAACAUGCCAGCUGCUCGUAGGAAGGACUAUGGAUUUGUUACCUUUGGCACACAUGAUGCUGCUACAAGAUGUGCUGAAAGCAUUACUGGUACAGAAUUGGGUGAAGGUGACAAGAAGGCAAAGGUGAGGGCUAGGUUAUCAAGGCCACUUCAGAGAGGCCGUGGAAAACAUGUUGGCCGUGGCGACUAUCGCCCGGGUCGUGGAUCUGGAAUAAUCUCAAGACCUUCCUGGAACCGACCUGCACCCCGUAGUUUUUCUUCACGUGGGGCAAGAGGAAUUGGUAGUCGUGUUCUUCCAGUCAGGUCUGUUAGUGCUAGAGAUAGACGCCCCAUCAUGUCUGUGCCAGUUAGAAGUAGGCCACUGGCUCCUCCAGCUAGAGCUUAUGAUAGAAGACCAGCUGCUGCCGCAUAUUCAAAAAUUAGCACCAAGAGAGAUUAUGGUCGGCGUGAGGAUCUACCACCACCAAGAAGUAGAGUUGCUGUAGAUUAUGGAUCAAGGGUGUCCUCUGAAAGACGCCCAUCUUAUAGGGAUUAUCCACCCCGUGGAUCUGGCUACUCCGAUCUCCCAAGAAGUACAACCCGUGCUGCACCAAGGAGAGGUUAUGUGGAUGAUGGUUACAGCCAAAGAUAUGAGAGGCCCCCUCCUCCUCCUCCCACUGCCCAUCCAAGUUAUCGUGAAGGACGUGCUCGUGAUUAUGAUUCUCUAUCUGGUUCAAAACGUUCUUAUGCUGCUGUGGAUGAUGUUCCCCCGCGAUAUGCUGAUACUGGUGCUCGCCAAUCAAGAGCUCGAUUGGAAUAUGAUUAUGGUGGCAACGCUUCACAGUAUGGUGAUUCUUAUAGCGAUAGAGUUGGAAGAUCUAGUCUUGGAUAUGGUGGUGGCAGCCGAAGUUCUAUUUCUGGUCAAGAUUCACAUGGGAUGUAUAGCAGUCGACAGGGCAUGAGUUAUGGUGGAGGCUCCUUUGGUGGUAGUGAUGUUGGAGGCAUGUACUCAUCAAGUUAUGGUGGUGAUUAUGUUUCUCGUGGAAGUGAUGUUGGCGGCAGCUCAUAUUCAUCAAUGUAUUCUGGCAGGGGUGUGGGUGGCAGUAGCAGUUACAUGGGUGGUGGUGGAUCGGGAUCUUAUUAUUGAGAGAUUAUGCUAUACUCGAAAUAGCAUCUCUUAUCUUUUCGCAAGGGCUGGCGAAGGUUGCACAUUGUGGUCACCAGUGAAUUUGUCUAUGAACAGAUCUGAUAAAAUAAAGUGGCUGCAAUAGGAUGAUGACCUUUGAAGCUUAUGGAUGUUAUGAAGCCUACAAUUCGGAGACAAAGGGGCAUUGUUAUUUAUAGCAUUAUAUUUGGAAAUUUGUCGCAAAAAAUAGGUCAUGUCAAUUCAAGCUAUCUUGGGUCUUCUAUGGAUGGGAUGUAUUAUCAGUUCUUGAAUUUGUGCUGUAUGGACUCCAAUUAAUGACAGAUGGAAAAAGAAACAAUUAGCAGUGAUGUGUAAUCAAACCUUGAUUUAUGAUACCAUUUGUGAGCGGAUAAUGUGAAAGAUUUCUCACUGCCCCAGUAUCCUUUCAUUUGGACAGAGACCAAGGCUAGAGAUGCUACUUGUUUGAUUAAGGAUUAAUGGAAUUUAUAUGCCGAAUUUAUAAAUAAGUUGGUUCCCUAUUUUGAGUCUUUAAAGAGAUGUUUAGUUACUUGGAUUGUUUGUUUUUACAUCUCUGCGAUCAGGACAGAAGCGAACUAAUCAGCACUAUGUUUAUAGUAGUAAUAAGAAUACUACUUCAGCAAUUAAUAAAGUAAAAAGACGGUUUUUUGGAUGUAUUAGUAUUGUAGGAAUAUUGAUAUGAUGUCAUCCUAAAAAAGUAAAAAGCACGAUGAACUGGUUAUGUUUGUUACUGGAAUGAUUUGUUACUUUGAUUGAGUUUUUGUCCUUAGGGGGACAUCAAGAUAAUGCUAAAGAAGCAUUAAUAUCUUUCUUUAAUUAAAUGCCUUAAUAGUUUCCCAAUUUCUCAAAGCAGUUAUCUAUUCGCAAUUGGUUGAUCUAUUACUGGCAUAACCCUCAGAACCAUUUGCCUCUGCAAUGUUGUUUGGAAAUACAACACUCAAGUGAAUAUGAAUAUUAAGUAGCAGAAAAGGAUUGAAUCUCUUUAUUACUGAAUAGUUUCUGAAUUGAAAUUUGUUAUUGAAGUUGUCACUUUAUGCACCUGGUUAUGCCCUCACUCUGGUUGAUUUAGUAAAGCCCUAGAGGUAAACAUGAACCAACAUAAAUUGGUGAGGUUGCCAAAGAAAUCACAUAUGGAUUUGGUCAUGAUUUUAUUAUGUUCAAGUGGGUAGUUUCCAACUCCCUUAUCACAUUAUUGUGUUGAGAGUAUCAAGUACUCUAUACCAUAAAUGAGGUAUUAACAUAGUUAAAGUCUUGAAGGAGGAGGAUUCUUCUAAGAAGAUGUAGAUCGUUAGGAUAUUUCACAUGAUUUUUGCAUGCAUAUACAUGUUAAAUAUCCAUUUUCUUGCAUCUUGUGGUAAACUUGCAUUUAAUUAAUAUUCACUGGGUUAGGGGGGUAUGCACGUACUGACUUGUUAAGUUUUAGUUUCCACUCUGUUCUGUUUGCUGCACUGCAGGGUCUAAGCUUUCCUCAAGCUCUUGAUUGGUAACCUCCCUAUAUAUGCAUAUUUGCUAGUAUAUAUUAAAGUUUACUCUUGGUGUAUUUUUUCUUUCUUUCUUUCUAUUUGCAAUCAUUGGUUUUGUGGUGUUCAGAUUCCACUUUUCC